AGAUAAAAUAUAUUAUUAGAUAAUACUAUACAUCAGGGAAUAAGCUUCAGUUCCAACAAAGCAAAAACAAAAGGAGUUAAAACCUCAAAAUUAUAGAGGAAUUAUAUUAUGUAGUUGCAGAAAAUCAACCUGACUAAGAGAAUAAAAAUCUGCGUGUACAUGGCUCCGCUUAUAUAAAUUGUUCCAUAUUGCAAAAUGACCAGAGUAUGGAUGUCCCAAAAACUUACGCAAUCUCGUUCUUUUUGUAUUCUUAUCCGUAAACUUGGAGGAAUACCAAUUUUGAAGAAAAUCUAAUCACAAAUUUGAAACCGUCCAUUGAAGAUUUAAAGAUUGGAAAACAUAAGCCCAAAUGGUUCUACUGAAUUCCCAGUGGACAUAAAGAUAAUCUGCCAAUUCUGAAUUAUUUUUGCAAAACAAACAAAUUGAAGCCAAAAUCCAACCUAUUUUCUGCAACUUGUUGAGAGCCAAUAUUUAUUUCUGGAAGUGAGCCACUGACGGAAGGAUACUUUUGGAGGGACUAAAGAGUUCCAACACAAUUUAUAGUAAGACUUCUUUAUAUUACCAUACUUAAUUGGAAAAUGUUGGUACCGUUGUUUGCUUCUUUGCUGACCUAUUAAAAUGGCAAAUGUCAAUGCCUCGGCUAUAACUGGAUGCUGGGGCAUUUUUCUUGAAAAUUUCUUUUGGAAUUUUAAUUUUAAUAAAAUUCUAAGGGAUUCAGAGACAAAUUCAAUGCUUAAUUUAUCAAAGCUCAUAUAUUCUUUAUAGUUUUGUGCCCCAAAAGAGGACUCUAGUUGUUGGACCAUCUACAACAAAAAUACUUUAAUUGUUAGAAACCUUUAUUCUCAUCUUAUUGAGCUUAAGUACGGUAAUAUAAAGAAGUUUCACUAUAAAUUGUGUUGGAACAGGUAAUAUAAAGAAGUCUCACUAUAAAUUGUGUAGCUCCAACACAAUUUAUAGUAAGACUUCUUUAUAUUACCAUACUUGAGCUCAAUAAGAUGAGAAUAAAGGUUUCUAACAAUUAAAGUAUUUUUGUUGUAGAUGGUCCAACAACUAGAGUCCUCUUUUGGGGCACAAAACUAUAAAAAAAAUAUAUGAGCUUUGAUAAAUUAAGCAUUGAAUUUGUCUCUGAAUCCCUUAGAAUUUUAUUAAAAUUAAUAUUCCAAAAGGAAUUUUCAGGAAAAAUGCCCCAGCAUCCAGUUAUAGCCGAGGCAUUGACAUUUGCCAUUUUAAUAGGUCAGCAAAGAAGCAAACAACGGUAGCAACAUUGUCCAAUCCAUCAAGACAACAGGUACUUCCAUAGCCUUCACUUGAUUUACCAAAAUAUAUACUCAUUGUGGCAAUGGAAUUUUAUGGCAUUUGAUACAGGUUCACCUGAAAUACAAAUAUACCAUGUUCCAAUUGACGAGAUUAUAUGUCGAUUGAAAGCACUAGACUUAGAACAGAGGAACAAUGAUAUGGUAGGGGAAGAGCAAAAUGCACUUGUCCCUUACAAACGAGAUGAUCAAAUUGUUCCAUAUGGAGGGCUCGAUCAUAUCAAGAAACGUAGGCCAAGGCCAAAGGUGGACCUUGAAGCAGAGACAACUAGGCUAUGGAAACUCUUGAUGGAAAAGGAGGGAAGUGAGGACCCUGAAGGAACGAAGGAAAAAUAUUGGGAAGAAGAAAGGAAAGUCUUCCGUGGACAAGCUGAGUCAUUCAUUGCACGCAUGCACCUUGUUCAAGGAGACAGGCGUUUUUCGCAGUGGAAAGGAUCAGUUGUUGACUCGAUAGGAGUUUUCCUUACUCAGAAUGUAUCAUACCAUCUUUCAAGCUCUGCAUUCAUGUCCCUCACAGCACGAUUUCCACCUGAGUCAACUAGCAACAACAGAACAUGCUAUAAGGGUGAGACAAGAAUACUGGUUGAAGAACCAGAGGACAGCGUACCAGGCACGAAUGACACCAUCAAAUGGAAUGCAAAGGCAUCAGGUAAAACAAUAUACAACCAAAGCUCUACAACACCCCAUGAAUCAUUGACGUUUAAUGGAGACUGUGUGACCUCAGGAAGAAGAGCAAACUUAGUCAAAGCAAAAAAUCAAAGAGUAGAGGAAGAAGUCCUUUCAUCACAAGAUUCUUUUGACUCCUCUUUGAUUAGAGCUGCUGGGAGAAUCAGAUCUUCCUCAGGUUCGAACUCAGAAGCAGAAGAUUCAACUACUGCCUGCAAACCCAGCGGAAUCCAAGGUUCUACUUCAAUAAAUCUUCAGCAGAUUAGCAAGACUGCCAUGUUCAAGGAAUUUCACUGCCAUGAAAAUGCAUUUUUUUAUGACAGCUCCAUGCAUGUGCAUACGCAAUUAGAAGAUGUAGAGCAUGGCAGUCAAAAAAUAGCACUGGAGGGAUUGCACAGGACUCCAGACGCUGGAAUACAAGAAGUAGACUGUUUGGAACUAUGGGGAGAAGAAAGCAUUUCUUCUUGGGCUUCAAAUACUUCCAGAACAAGCAAGGCAAAAGAUGAUAACUCUACGACCAAAAAACAUGGACAAAUGGCAGAAAACAUGGGCAAAAUGAUGGUCCAACAUGAUGGACUAUUUAGACCUCAAGGAACGCCAUUAGUGGGACCAUACGCAUUAUCAAGCAAGCAACAAAUCGAUCAACAUGGAUCUCAUGUUAAGAAUAAUCAAUGUCCAUGCAACAAUGAUCAACAUGAGAGGAUGAAAGCCUUGGAAAGCUCCUCAGUUACAGGGCCCCAAGUCUCCAAUGUCCCCAAGCUGCCACAAGAAGCUUCUGAUGUAGAUAAGAGAGUCUCCCUACGGGAAAAACAAACACAGUUAGAGAAAUAUGUGGCUGAACCAACUCUAAAGCAGCAGGUUCAUUCUUCUGACAAGGCAUAUAGUGCAGCAAAUACCAAUAGUUUGAAAGGAAAGAGAGGGAAGGUUGAGGGCAAAAAAGAAAUCGCUGAUUGGGAAAGUUUAAGAAAGCAUGUGCAGUCCACUAGUACAAAAAUAGAAAGAACCCAAGCUACAAUGGAUUCACUGGACUAUGAAGCAUUGCGAAAUGCUAGUGUUCGUGACAUUUCCGAUGCUAUCAAAGAACGAGGCAUGAACAACAUGCUUGCAGAUCGGAUUAAGGCCUUCCUUAACCGGCUGGUUAAAGAACAUGGAAGCAUCGACCUAGAGUGACUAAGGGAUGCCCCACCUGACCAAGCGAAAGAUUAUCUGUGAAGUAUAAGAGGAUUAGGGUUAAAGAGUGUCGAGUGUGUGUGGCUUUUAACAUUACAUCAUCUCGCUUUCCCAGUUGAUACAAAUGUUGGACGAAUAGCUGUGAGACUAGGAUGGGUUACCCUUCAACCACUGCCUGAGUCACUCCAGUUGCAUCUCCUAGAAUUGUAUCCUGUGCUGGAGUCAAUUCAGAAAUAUCUGUGGCCGAUUUGCAAACUGGAUCAGCGAACAUUAGCAAAAUUAACUACAAAGAAUUAUUUAUUGAUACAUAUGCAGGUUUUCUGCACAAAGAACAGACCAAAUUGCAAUGCAUGUCCAAAGGGGGAGUGUAGACACUUUGCAAGUGCUUUCACAAGUGCAAGACUUGCUCUGCCCGCUCCAGAAGAGAAGAGUAUCGUGAGUGUACCAGUUCCCAUCGCAGCCAACAGAAAACCAAGUAUAGUCGUUAAUCCCAUGCCACUACCUUCACCUGAGAAAGAUCAAAUUGGAGUGACAAGGUCAGAAACUGCAAACUGUGAACCUAUCAUUGAAGUACCAGCAACACCUGAGCCAGAACGCAGAGAAAUAACAGAAAGUGAAAUAGAAGAGGCAUUCAACGAAGACCCUGAGGAAAUUCCUACAAUCAAACUCAACAUUGAAGAGUUUACAACAAACCUGCAAACUUACAUUCAAGAAAACAAGAUGGGCCUUCAAGAAGGUGACAUGUCAAAGGCUUUGGUUGUUUUGAAUUCAGCAGCUGCUUCUAUCCCCACACCAAAACUGAAAAAUGUGAGCCGGCUAUGAACAGGGCACCAAGUGUAUGAACUUCCAGAUUCACACCCUCUGCUCAAUGGGGUCAGUUAUUCCGAACCAGAUGAUCCAAGCCCAUACCUUCUCACUAUAUGGACACCAGGUGAAACCGCAAAUUCAAUUCAACUGCCAGAGAGAAGGUGUGGAUGGCAAGAAGCAAGCAAAUUGUGCAAUGAGAACACAUGCUUUUCUUGCAAUAGCACAAGAGAAGAAAAUUCACAAACAGUGAGAGGCACUCUUCUGAUACCAUGUAGAACAGCUACGAGAGGAAGUUUUCCACUCAAUGGCACAUAUUUCCAAGUUAAUGAGGUAAUUGCAGAUCAUGAUUCUAGCCUUAACCCUAUUGAUGUUCCAAGGGCAUGGAUAUGGAACUUACCAAGACAGGCGGUAUACUUUGGAACUUAUGUAUCAACAAUUUUUCUAGGCUUGACAACUGAGGGAAUCCAGUACUGCUUCUGGAGAAGGUUUGUUUGUGUGCGAGGAUUUGACCAAAAAACAUGAGCACCCUGACCUUUAAUGGCCAGAUUGCACUUUCCAGCAAGUAAGUUGGCCAAGACAAAAAAUGAAAAAUGA